CGUCUCGAUGGAAGCCGUUCUAAUUGUUUGCAUUAUCGAAUGAAUUUAAUUCUGUGUUCGCAUUUGUGUCACGUCUCGCUUGAAUUAUUGCGGAAAAGUUCCAGUGCUCGGAAUCAUGUUGCUCGUGACGGGUGUUUUGUUCAUGGUGGUGUCCAGUAGGGCGAUUACCAACAACGCCGACUUGAUUUGGUAUGACGACAAUGGACAAACGCAGAAUUAUUUCGCCCGGCAACCCUUCCCCGAGGGAUUCAACAUGACACGGAAAAUUAUAGUGAAUCAGAAAUUUCCCUAUUUGUGGGAAGUGAAGUUCUCGUUCUUUGACAAUUUGGAAGAGUUGGUGAUUGACGAUUGCGGCGUAAAUGAAAUCAAACCUAACACUUUUAAGGAUUUGAAACCUCUAACGAACCUCAGUUUGAGUUUGAACAAUAUUAAAGAAAUCAAAGAAGGGAUUUUUAAUUUUGUCCAAGUGAAAAAUCUGAAUUUGUCACAUAACAGAAUCAGAAUGUUGGCGGAUCGUGCGUUUGAUAAUAUGCCAGUGUUGGAAAAAGUUAUCCUUGAUUUCAACGAAUUGAAACACUGGAGUGGCAACUGGUUUCCGGGUUGUCCCCAAUUAACCACAGUUUCGAUAACCCACAAUUUCCUAGAGGAGCUCCCGGCGAAAGCUUUCAAAAACUUCUGGAGGCAACAAGAAGUUGCAAAUCUUUAUUUCAGUUAUAACAAGAUCCAGCAACUGGAUCGGGAAGUAUUUUUAGGGAGUGCAAAGUUUGGUGAUUUGUUCUUAGACUGGAACGACAUUCCCCGAAUCGACGGUCACACUUUCGCCACUUUGCAAUCCGUCAAACACCUCAAUUUGAACGGAGAUUCCUUGAGGUGUUUAUCCGAAGAAUUCCUCACCAAAGUCCUCAACAAGACCCAACUCCUGAGCAUCGUCGAAAAUCCCCUCAAGUGCGAGUGUUUCAAAGAAUUGAAAAAACGAGAAAAAGAAAUUAAAACCAAAAUCAAAUACUCGACUGUUGAUUGCUUAUAAUAAUAAAUUAUAAUUUGAAAA